GAUGAACAUAUUUCGUAAAUUCUAUCGUAAGUAAUUCGUAUUGGCGUUGUUCGCAUAGCUUUGUGCACACUGGCCUCGCAUAUAAGUUAAGACAUUCUUAUCAGUUUCGCCAAAAAUAAAACGCAGCACGCUUGCGAUGAAUUUUAUAAUUUUCAUGAUAAUCACAUAGAACGUUGCCGAGGUUUAUAAAGAGCACCGAUAAAACACACACAGCCAAUAUUAUCUCACAGUAGAAUAGAACAAGAGUAUGAACUAAUAUGACCUAUGACAGAAAGGAUAGGCGGGACGAAAUUAGCGCAAGCGCAAAACUGAUUCGUUCGAGGGUGCAUUUCUAAUCGUGUCUUAAAGAUUCAGUAACGUUUUAGCAUUGAUACCAGACAAACGGCUCUGUCUUGUCGGUACUACAUGGAAAAUUUCACGAUUGACAGUUUUGAAAAGAACGUUGAUCUAAGUGUCUCUCUAAAUCGUUGGGUAUCUAAACCGAUUGGUACUUGGCCUUUUUCAUCAGAUGUCUCUAAAAACGAUCGAUUCGAGAUUUUUCUAAAAAAGAUUACAAUCGUGAUUUGCUAUAUGCUAUUAGGUUUCAUCUUGAUAUUUGGCGGAAUGUAUUUAGUUCUUGAGCUAGAAGACUUUUACAGUCACUUGAAACUUGGCAGCGCGCUCAGUUUUUUCUUGAUGGCUGCUAUAAAAUAUUUCGUUCUAAUAGUCCGCGAGAACGAUAUAAGGAGAUGUAUAGGUUGCAUAGAGAUGGAUUGGAGGAACGUAAAAUAUCUCGAAGAUAAAAAGAUUAUGAUCGAGAAUGCAAAAUUUGGACGUAAACUCUUAAUAAUUUGCGGUGUUUUUAUGUAUGGUGGCGUUCUUUUUUACUACGUAGCCUUACCAAUGACACGUCAAAAAGUUUUUGACGAAGAGAAAAACAUUACGUAUAGAUCUCUCGUAUAUCCUGUACCGAAGAUCGUCGCGGACACUCGUCUAAGCCCAAUCAAUGAGAUUUUUUAUGUUCUUCAACUUUUUUCUGGUCUGGUCGCACACAACAUAACCGUAGCUACCUGCGGUCUCGCCGCACUUCUCGCGAUGCAUGCUUGCGGUCAACUUGAAAUACUUAUGUCCUGGCUUGAAUAUCUCGUCGACGGUCGAGAAGAUGUUUCGGACACGCUCGACAACAGAUUGGCUGAUAUCGUAGAACAGCACAUGCGUGCUUUCAGUUUCAUAAAACGCACAGAAGAGAUAAUACGAGAAAUAUCCCUCGUUGAGUUAAUGGGAUGCACUUUGAACAUGUGUUGCCUCGGAUAUUAUUGUAUGGUGGAAUGGGAUAUUAGACGACCACUCGAUAGCUUUACUUAUUUAAUAUUACUUACAUCGGUCACAUUCAACAUCUUCAUAUUUUGUUACAUAGGCGAAGUUCUUGCCGAACAGACUGUGAAAGUUGGUGAAAGAUCUUACAUGAUAGAUUGGUACCGGAUACCGGAAAGAAAAAGUCUUGCCGUUGUGUUGAUAAUUAUGAUGUCUAAUUCGUCCACCAGAUUGACCGCUGGCAAUUUUAUUGAAUUAUCUAUAAGUAGUUUUUGCGACGUAAGUAUUCAAACGGACAAAUAUAAAUGAUAGGAUCCUAAAAUUUUCAAUUAUCACUUGGUAGGAUCCUAAAGAUUGAAAUUAUUACUUGAAUAAUUUUUAUCUAAACAUUUUUACUUUUAAAUCCAGGUUAUUAAGUCAGCUGGUGCCUACUUGAACAUGCUUCGUACGUUUACAAUCUAGAAUAUAUUACUGGUAGAAACAUGAUUUAGUAUUUAUUAGACUGUUCACUUCUAAAAGAAAGUAACGAAAAAAAAGGGAAUAAUAUUAUUUGACUUUUAAUUUAUAUCCAAAACCAUAUUUUCAAUGUCCACUUCAACAGAUGCACAUUCACCUUUCAAUAAUCAGAAUCAAUAAUUCUAAGCAUUGGCUGAAGCGGCAUGAAAAUAUCAUACUUGAUAGUUUGCUACGGAAGGAAUAUCGGUGGUCGAUAGAUAAAUCGUGCGUGCGUGCGUGACUUAGAACAUUGUUUCUACGUAUUUUCAUAGAAUCUAAAGACUGAAUAAAUAGAAGAUAUGCGUAAAACGUGAUCGUAAUAGGGAAAUAAUAUCCUAUGUAACGUAUCGCAUAGAAGGGUCGAUCCCUUUUGCGAAAAUCGGACAAUCGUUUAAUAGCGUUCUCAUAUAUUAUUUCUAAGUUAAAAAGUCGUAAUUAUGUAUAUCCCAUAUUAAGGGAGAGAGACAAUGAGAAAGUACUCGAUAAUUGUGUGCAUAUAAGUUGAUUACAUUAGUAAUAGCUAGGGGAUAGUGAGAAAAUAUCACGUUAACCAUCAUUAAUAAAUACAAUAAUUAUACUUACGUGAACGACAAAGACUACAAAAAGUACGUAUAUCUCACAAUAAAAUCCUCGAUUCUUUACUUUUCGACGAUAUUCUUUCGUCUUUGUAUUUUACAUUCCUUAUGUGAUCUUGAAGAUUGGAAACAUCUAUGACAAGCUGUACAUCCUGAUGAACUGAUUGGCAGGCUUGCUAGAUGCUCGGGAAGUUAUGUGC